AUGACCAAAGAAUCAGCAUGGUGCAGGUCAACAGGAGGGAAUUUUGCUGAUGCAGUUAAGAAGAUGGGGCACUUGUCAGUUGGUGUUUCAAGAUAUCUCGAAGAUGAGCAACCUACAGUAUCUUCAAGUACAACUACCGCAACUUUGGCGACUAUGGCAGACGCGACUCUAACAACCGAAGAAUCAUUUACAACAUCCACUCCAACAACUUCAAAUCCAUGCGGUGCAGGAGGAUUCCCGAAUGGAAGACGGUUCCUUUUUGAUGUCACGUCAUGUGUGCAAUACUACUUUGAAUGUGUUCAUGAUAUCUACAUUCAACGUCAAUGCACAGCCGGGACAAAAUUCGACGUGAAAUCAACCACGUGCAAUUGGGAAAGAAAUAUCGCCGCGUGUCAAGAUGAGGAACCUACAGUAUCUUCUUCAAGUACAACUACCGCAACAUCAGAUUCAACAUCUAUCCCAACAACUGCAAAUCCAUGUGGUGCUGGAGGAUCCCCAAAUGGAAAAAGAUUUCUUUUUGAUGACACAUCAUGUGUGCAGUACUAUUAUGAAUGUGUUCAUGAUAAGCAAAUUACAGUAACUGUAGCAGAUCCACAUUCAAGUACAACUACUGCAACAUCAGCCCCAACUACAAGUACUACCGUAACAACAAAAGAACCAACAUCUCCUCCACCAGAUUUAGAAUCUUGCACUGAAGCUCAACGCCAAUACGUCACUAUGUUCAGAGAAUGGCAGCAAGCAAUGGAUGACUGGUGUACAUUAAUGGAUGAAUACGAUCCUUGUCCAUAAUAAAUAUGUCAAUUGUUUUCGUAAUUUUAAAAGAUUUUUAGAAUUUCAAGGCACGAAAAAUAGGAGCUAAUGAAUAUGAUUCAAAAAUAUCACUAAAUAUUUGUACAAUUUUACUGGAAAGAUGAAAAACAAAAAACAACUCAACUUCCCUGAGUGGCCAAGGUACAAAUAUAUUUUCUUGUAUCACUCACUAUAUAAUAGCAUUAUUUCUGACAAGACAAUCAGUUUAAUAGGUGGGCGAAAAUCUAUUAUGGAAGGAAAAACUUGAAAAAAAAUUCCGGUCAGUAGGGAUCAAUAAAAUGCUUCCAGAUUUUUUUUAAACAUGGUUAGAAAAAGGGGAUUUACGAAACAUUUUAAAGAUGUCAUUUAUGUAUCCAUGAGUCUAUUUAACG